ACGAGAUUUAGGACCCGUGCUGGUAAGAUGAAUGCUCCUGACCCUUUGAUUGUGGACUACGUUAAACGUGCGGGAUUUGGUGAGGUAAUGAACUUAACACAUACCUCAGUUGAUAUGAAGUUUAUAUUAGCAUUGUGUGAGCGUUGGAGGCCUGAGACUCAUACUUUUCACCUUCCAAUGGGUGAAUGUACCGUCACUCUAGAGGACGUGUACAUGUUAUUGGGUCUCAAAACAAAUGGAAAGGCAGUGUAUGGAAAUGUCCAACAACCAAACGCCCUAUGCGUCGAAUUGUUGGGUGUGGAUUUAAUAGAGGGUGAGGGGCAACAAAGGGGUAGGGGCCAAGGUAUAAAGCUUGCUGGCCUUCAGCUAGCUUAUGCUGGGCUUCAAUUGGAUCAGUUUUCUGACGAAGAAACUAUACUGCAGAAAACUAGGAUGUAUAUUAUGUUGUUGUUUGGUAAGUUUCUAUUUCCCGAAGGCACGGGAAAUAGUGUUAAUUUUAUGUACUUGUGUUUACUUGGGGACAUUGAUGCAAUAAAGACAUAUAGUUGGGGUUCGGCUGUGUUGGCAUACCUAUAUAGUUCCUUGUGCAAAUGUGCAAAAAAGGAUAGUUGUACAUUUAGUGGAUGUGCAUUCUUGCUACAAGCAUGGGCAUGGUGGAGAAUGCCGGUAUUGGCCCCUGCAAAUCCAAACAGUUACGCCUUCCCUUACGCUUCAAGGUUCAAUGCACUCGGAAUGGAUUGGUCCAAAACGCCUGAUUCCAAAAUCAUUUUCUACCGCCAAAUAUUAGAUCGACUAGGACCCCAAGAUGUAAUACCUCUAAAAAUGUCCAUUUUCUAAAUAUGUUUUUAAAAAUAACUAUCUUCUAUAUUUUGAAAUUAAUAUUAUUUGCUUUGCAAUUUAUUUGGCGUCCUUACUUGGAAUUGGACCACGUACCCGACCUUGACGAGGCGGCUAUUUGGACAGCAAAAUCACCCAUCAUACGGUUCACCACUGUGGAGAUGCACCCGAGUGACCGUGUCAAGCUCCAAUUCGGCAUGCAUCAAGGUAUCCCUGACCCACCUGAGCCUGACUGUUUGGGACGUUGGCAUCUUGCGAAGGUUAGCGAACAGUGGUACGUUGAAAAUUACAAGUCGUUUGCUAUAGAUCAGCGUAAAAUAUGGGCUCGUCGAUCAAAAACGGUUCUAGAAUUUCCUGUGGCGCCGGGAGAAAUGAAGCCAACUGUUGACUAUGUAAACUGGUACAGAUCGGUCACAAAUCCUGAAAUGAUUGUGUCUGCCCCUUUCUAUUUAGCUGACCCGCGAGCACAACCUCCAUAUUUUGGAGGACAACAACAACCACCACCAAAUUACCACCAACAACAACAACAACCACCGCCACCAAAUUACCAACAACAACAACAACCACCACCAAAUUACCAACAACAACAUUACCCACAACAACACCAACAACAACAAAGUUACCACCAACAACCAAUGCAACCACAAACACCUUUUUACCAACAACAUUCCCAACAACUCCACCAGUUUUUUCCAUCCCAAACUCAACCACAAAAUCAACAAUUCCAUGUAGGGAGCUCUUCUAGAUCACAUUUCCAAGAAUUCCAUGCGGGGAGCUCUUCAAGAUCACCACCAAUGACCCCCGACAUGGGCAUAGAAGAAGAAUACCCGCAAUACACCACAUUCGACCAACACACAUCACAGUACCCCAACCAACAAUUUGACCUCAACACACCGCCACAACCAUUGUAUUUUAACCAAACCGGAUCCACCACCAACUUCCAAAACUUCCAGGCCGCACCCACUAGGAGGAAUUUCAACCCGCCUAGACAAAGCUUCGACAGCGCCGCGGGCACCCGCCUAUCCUAUGGAGGGAAUUCUAUAGGUCAAGAUGUUGAAGACCCAGGUUUCAUUGAGGGGCCGUCGACUCUGGCACAAGACGAACCAAAUAGAGGGGGGCGUCGUCGCAGGAAUAGGGGGGCAUUACCAACUCGUGACCCGUCUACACGACCCAUUAGGCAACCUCAAUGUGGAUCGUACCAUGGUCCACGUGGCGCGCAAUAAGAUUUUUAUUUGUAUCGUGAAUGUAUUUUGUAAUGUUUUUAAUUAUAAUGUAUUUGUAUCGUUAAUGUAUUUUGAAAUGUCUUUAAUUUUAAUGUAUUUGUAUCGUCAAUGUAUCGUUAUUGUAUUUUAAUAUAUAAUUAUUUUAACGA